AUGGAUGGAGGACAGAAGGAAUAUUCUACCUGUCCAGGUACGGAUCUCCAAGGCGAGAGUGCCAAAAUCAUCGAGAACAUCAAGAGCCUAGACGAAUGCGUGAAGAUUUGCUCCGCGACACCAACAUGCGUGAAAGCCGUUUGGGAUAGCACGGGAUUGGUAUGUCACGUCAAAGCACCCGAGGAGACCAACACUUUGAUCUGGGUCACGGAUAAGCGCUUCUCGGUUAUAAAUCUGGAUCUCGCUUCGGACCCAGCUGUUAAGGGACAAUGGGGAAAUUUAAUACGUUUCCCCGUAAUCCCCGUUGCCGGAUAUGUUGUUCCUGAAUUCCCAUCCUCGUCACGCAUGCUUGUAUUUUCGUCUUGGGGACCUGAUGCCUUUGGAGGCUCUUCAGGGCGUACGCAAUUCGCGGAUUACAAUUUCAAUACUGGAGCAAUAUCGCAGCGUGAGGUGGCGAAUACUAAGCAUGACAUGUUCUGUCCGGGCAUGAGUUCGCUGGAAGACGGAAGGAUGUUGAUCAGUGGUGGCUCGGACGCAGCGGCUGUCAGUCUGUAUGAUCCAGCGACGAAUACGUUUGCGAAAGGGCCAGAGAUGAAGAUUCCCAGGGGGUAUCAGACAAGUGUUACAACGAGUGAAGGGAACGUUUUUGAGUUGGGAGGCUCGUAUAAUGGAAAGAGAGGUGGGAAGAAUGGCGAAAUUUACGAUCCGGAGACUAAUGAGUGGACGUUACUUCCGGAUGCGAAGACGGAUGAAAUGCUGACUGUUGAUGGGGAGGGUGUGUGGAGGACUGAUAAUCACGCCUGGCUCUACGCCUGGAAGAAUGGCACUGUCUUCCAAGCCGGUCCCUCGAAAGCUCAAAACUGGUUCGACACGAAGGGUACCGGCUCUUCCGCACCAGCUGGCACCCGCUCAGGGGGCGAUGCCAUGUGCGGCAUCAAUGUGAUGUACGAGCCUGGCAAGAUUCUCUCGGCAGGAGGCAGCCAGUCUUACACCAAUAGUCAAGCUGUUGCUCUUUCCCAUAUCACCUCCAUCACGGAACCAAAUGUGCCGUCGACUAUCGAGCGUAUCCCUGAUAUGGCAUACCCGCGCGGCUUCGCUAAUGCAGUUGUCCUCCCCGAUGGGAGUGUGCUUGUUACGGGCGGGCAGAGAAAGUCAAUGGUUUUCACAGACACAGAUGGGAUCCUGUAUCCGGAAUUGUUCGAUCCUUUGACGAAGAAUUGGAAGACUUUAGCGCCUAAGGCAGUGCCGAGGAACUACCACUCGAUUUCGAUUUUGCUGGCCGAUGGCACGGUGUUUAGUGGUGGCGGAGGAUUGUGUUAUGUUGGAGGUGGGGUAGGAAGCAAGACGGAUAAGUGUAACAAGGCCGUUGAUCAUGCCGAUGGGCAAAUAUUCUCACCGCCAUAUCUAUUCACAGCUGAUGGAGGAUUGGCUGCUCGACCAGUGAUUGAAAAGGUUUCAGCGAUGAGUGUGAAAGUUGGUGACACCUUGGUUGUGGAUGUGAAUGGUGCUGGUGAAGGGGCGAAGGUGGUCUUGGUAAGAAUGGGAAGUGUGACCCAUUCGACUAAUAGCGAUCAAAGACGGGUACCAUUGACGGAUGUGAAAGUUGUUGGGGAUGUGUAUACGGCGAAUCUGCCGAAUGACAGUGGGAUAUUAAUUCCGGGGCAUUAUUAUCUGUUUGUUGUGUCUAGCACAGGAGUGCCAAGCGUAGCGAGAACUGUCAAGGUUACUCGUAAGUAA